AUGGGACCUAGAGAAAUGUUCAACGACACACCUCAGAGCUACAAGGAGAAAGUGAAGAGUAAGAUAGAGUACCUGCUGGGGAAACAAGACGACCUGCAGAUGGAACUACAUCAACUCAGAGGGGACUUGGUACGGUCCAUAGCCGGGGAAGCCCGCCGACCGGGAGCCCUCUCCAGCGUCAAGACCAAGAAGGGGAAAUCUAAAGGGAAAAAGAAGAGCAGGAGAAGUAAGGCCAAAAAGAGCGGAGUGUCGGGAGCGAGCAGCGCCGUGAGUAAAAGCGCGCAGCUCAGGAGGAUGGGCGACAAGGAGCUGUUAGCGUCACUAACCAAACCGGAGAGGGAAACCCUGGAGGCCGUGUUUCAAGUGAAGAAGGUUAAAGCGGAAAUGAUGUCACGAGAGGACAGAAUCAGGAAAUUGGAAACAAGAAUAACAAAUCUACGAGACGAGAUUCGGCGAGCAGACUGGAAACUAACGAGACAGAGAGAAGCAGACAUGAGGCAGUUCACACAGUCCCCGGGGUUCCGGCGGGCACAGAGCUCACGGUAUCGGACACUACACCCGGAAGUAGAUGUAGAGUUGGAGGUUGAGGACCUGAAAGAAGCCCUGUUUCAAGUUAACAGUCACCUUUCCGCUAAAGAACUGGACUUCAUCAGUCAUGCAGCAACCUAG